GGGGUCCUAUAUUCACGUGGUACAGAAUUGUAGCGAUGUCAGCGUGAGUGUAGUGUGAAAUGAUUUUUACCGGUUUGUUUAUGUUUAAUGAAUAAAUUGCUUUAUUUAACCACGUCAUAAGAUAAGUGUAUUUCUCAACACAAACAGUUUACUUUCCGUCUACAUAUUUCUAAAAGCAAUUACUGCAUAUUUUGAACAGGAAGCCAGCAUUUAGCUGGUAACCAGCCGGCGAGUUAUAAACUUUCAGAUAGUUUUCGGGUCUAUGGAUGUUUCGCCUGGUUUUCAGAUGUGAGAUAUGCGUUAUCCGUUCUGGAAUAUAAACGGCAUGAGCGAGUGGAAAAAAGCAUCACCAUGGGCAUCGACUACAAGCUGAAAAAGAGAGUUGAGAAGUACCUGAAAUCCAAGAAGACUGAGUAUGUGGACCUUACCUCAUUGGCUACCGAUCUUCAGCAACUAUAUAGAUUCGACUACGGACGGAGAAAUAGAACAGCCUUUAGAAUACAAGUGGAAAAAGUCUAUGAUGUGAUAAGUAAAGAGUCUGACAUCACAACAUUGGAGGACAAACAUUUGGCCAAACGGGCCAGACCAAGUCAGGAGGAGGAUGGGGAUGGUAGCAGUUUAACAGAUGACACUACUGACAGUGAAGAGGACAUUCCUGAGCAUGAGCACACCAAUCACAUGAACAACUCUCUCUUGUCGCUGUACCGGAAAGGGAACCCCGAUGAGAAUGGAACACCCACCAAAAGCCAGUCACACAGCCCAGCGCCGACUUCAGGAAUAGACCAGCCCACAGGGGGUGCCAGUGGCACGUCUGCCCCUCCAAGUUCGGGCACUCUGGUGUCGGGUGGAGGCUGGUUUAUUGACAAGAGGCAGCGUGUUGAACCAAACAUUUUGAUUGACUUGUGUGAUGAUGAGCCUAGGAGCCCAUCCGUGAACAAACAAACAGAUGUUUCGAUGCUGGAGACAGAGAAGAAGAAAAAGGGCAAAUUAAAGAGAUCAAAAAGAAAAAAGCAAGAAGAAUCUCAAGAAAAUGAUGCAGAUAUAGAGGCACAAAUAUUGGCAAAAAAAGCAAAUACCAAAGCCCCGGUGCUUCAGCACUCAACCGUCAAAUUUGAGGAUGUUGGUGGUAAUGAGGAAACGUUGACGGAAGUGUGUAAGCUGCUCAUCCACAUGCGUCAUCCUGAAGUUUACCAGCAGCUCGGGGUGGUUCCCCCACGAGGCUUCCUCCUCCAUGGGCCUCCGGGCUGUGGGAAGACCCUGCUGGCACAAGCUGUAGCAGGGGAGGUGGAGCUGCCGAUGCUGAAGGUGUCUGCCCCGGAGCUGGUGUCUGGGGUCUCAGGGGAGUCCGAGCAGAAGCUGAGGGAGCUGUUUGAGCUGGCUGUGGCAAGUGCCCCUUGCAUCCUGUUCAUUGAUGAAAUUGAUUCAAUCACGCCUAAGAGAGAGGUGGCCUCCAAAGACAUGGAGAGGAGGAUUGUAGCACAGCUGUUGACCUGCAUGGACGACUUGAACUCUUUGACCAUUCCUGCCCAGGUUCUGGUGAUCGGCGCUACGAAUCGUCCAGACUCUCUGGACCCAGCCCUCCGUCGGGCGGGCCGCUUUGACCGAGAGAUCUGUCUGGGCAUCCCAGACGAGGGUGCUCGUCUCAGGAUUCUAAAGACACUUUGCCGUAAGCUGAAGCUGCCUGAGGACUUUGACUACAAGAAGUUGGCGCGCCUCACCCCCGGGUAUGUGGGCGCCGACCUGAUGGCGCUGUGCCGAGAGGCUGCCAUGAGUGCCGUCAACCGUGUCCUCCUGGAGCUACAGGAGAAGGCAGAGGAGGGAAGUGCUGCCAAUCCAGCCGACAUGCCAGCCUCACAAACUCCUGAUGCCCAGCGGCAGACUGGAGACCCAGUGAACCAGGUGUGGGACGAUCCAACCACCAGCACUGCAGAGGGUCAGGAUCAGGAUCAGACUAGCCAGUGCCAACCAAUGGAGACUCAGCUGCCAACAACCACUGCUGUACAUGAACAGCAGGGGGAGCUUCAGCAACUUCUUCGGCUGCUGAAGAGGUGCGAGUCCCUGUCAGAUGAGCAGUUGGAGGGUCUGUGCAUCCUCAUGUCGGACUUCCAGGCCUCUCUAGCUAGCGUCCAGCCUUCUGCCAAGCGUGAGGGCUUUGCCACCGUGCCUGAUGUUACGUGGGAUGACGUCGGCGCCCUGCUGGACAUCCGAGAGGAGCUGACCAUGGCCAUCCUGGCUCCUGUCCGCAACCCGGAACAGUUCAAAGCGCUGGGUCUUAGUGCCCCUGCAGGGGUGUUGCUGGCUGGGCCUCCUGGGUGUGGGAAGACCCUUUUGGCAAAAGCAGUUGCCAAUGAGUCUGGCCUCAAUUUCAUCUCAGUCAAAGGUCCCGAGUUGCUGAAUAUGUAUGUUGGUGAAAGUGAGCGGGCCGUGCGACAAGUGUUCCAGAGGGGUCGUAACUCAGCCCCCUGUGUGAUCUUCUUCGAUGAGAUAGACGCACUUUGUCCACGCCGGUCUGGACAUGAGUCCGGAGCCAGUGUGCGUGUGGUCAACCAGCUGCUCACUGAGAUGGACGGACUGGAGUCUCGCCGGCAGGUCUUCAUUAUGGCUGCAACCAACAGACCAGAUAUCAUUGAUCCGGCUGUGCUGAGACCUGGCCGCCUGGAUAAGACCUUGUACGUGGGUCUCCCGCCCCCGAAGGACCGACAUGCCAUCCUGCUCACCAUCACCAAGGGUGGCACCAAGCCUCGGCUGCAGGCAGAUGUGAAUCUUGAAGAGAUUGCGCUGAACGCACGUUGUGACUGCUUCACGGGGGCAGAUCUGUCCGCUCUGGUGAGGGAGGCUUCAGUGAACGCCCUGAGAGCUCACCUGUAUUCCCGCCCGGCCUCCGCCCACACAGGCCACAGCUUUUCCGCUGGUCCAGUUGAAGACAUCCGCGUCAGUCAGCAGAACUUUGAGGAUGCCUUUAAAAAAGUGCGUCCAUCGGUGUCAAAGAAGGACCAGGUCAUGUAUGAAAAAUUGAAAGUAUCUCUAAGCAGUUGAGGAACUGACACCACAUCUCCUGGACACAUCAGCUGUGCUCGAUGAGACGUCUCACUUUAGAGACUUAAAGGACAACACCACGUGUACCCUGUCCUGCCUGUCCAGAGCUCCUUCUGAAACACUUUGUUCAUAGGAAGUUGGGUGCCUUGGUUGAUCAAAAACAUGUUUGUACUCAUUUUUUGGAUCAUUUUAAUAAACUAUUUCCCCAUGUCUCCAA